AUGCCAAAAACCUCAGCACAACCAAACCUCCACAUAUUCAACACUAAAGAAAUCAUGCCUUCUGAAUCUUGCACCAGAACUAAUCAGGGCGCCGCUGAGUGGUCUUGCAAACAGGACAUCAAACUUGAGCUCAUCAACGACAAGGGAAAGUUUGAAGACGCACUGAGAGUCAUUUAUCCUUUUGGGUUUAAGGUCAACUACAAGUACAGCCCCAGUACCUGUCGUGUUACUGCGCUUGCGAAGACUAAAGAGCCAACCGACCUGCAGAGAAAGCUCCAAGAUGUCGGUGCUAUUCUCCAGGGUCGAUUCGGUCGAAGACGAUGA